GAUGUCAGCUGAACCUGCCUCCCCUGACCUCUGCGCACUGAGGCAGGAGCACCCAUAACCCUUCAGGGCGACCUCCUCCAGGUCGUAAAAAAAAAAAGGUGCCACUCCCGCGAUGGUCCCCAGGGGUUGCUCUGCCCUGUGCCCCCAGCACUGGGGCUCCGUGGUGGCAAGGAACAGCCCUGAGCUGCUCCGGCUGGCCUUGCUCACCCCACCUGCCCAGUUGGGGCAGCCCACCUGCAGAUGCAAGAUGUACCCUUCAGGAGCUCAUAGUUGCUUUUUUUUUUGUGGUUGUUGACUCAGUGAUGUUUUAACUGAAAAUACCAGUUUCUUUUCCUAGAAGGGGAAUGCAAAAAGACACCUGAGGGUUUGUUACAGAGGAAUGGGCUUGGAGUUCAUACCAGUGCCAACGGAAUGAUAUACAUUGGUAGCUGGUUAAAUGACAAGAUGAAUGGUACUGGAAGGCUAGAACAUCCUUCUGGGGCUGUUUAUGAAGGCGAGUUCAAAGACAACAUGUAUCACGGGGCAGGAACCUACACAUUUCCAAAUGGAGCAAAGUACAUUGGACCAUUCAAUGAAAACAAGAUGGAAGGUGAAGGAGACUUCGUAGAUGAAAAUGGAGUGGUGUGGACUGGCACAUUCAAUGGCACAAGAGCAGCAGGACUGAAGCAUAAGCUGAAAAUGUAGCUAUUUGACACUGUCAAAAGCAACCCCUUUUGAUCUCACCUAAGUUCAACAGCUGUCAUUGAUUUCUUCAUGUAUUCAUUAAAAAUAAUGCCUUAGA